UUUGGAAGAAUGGCCUGUUGAGGCCUUAGAAAGAGCGGCAAAAGUGAUGGAAGCCGGCAAGGGGCACAGUGAGAUUGUCUACGAGCCUGUGAACCCCUCAGAGUUCUUGAAGGGAGAGGAUCUUGAAACUGUCAGUCCUCUUUCAGAUCUGCUGAGCUCGGAGGACACCCUUGACCAGUUGGAGCGUCUCCGCGAUGGGCGUGUCAUUCAGGGCAGCGUACUCUACAGACUAUGGCGCUCCGCCUUCGACGUCUGGUUCUCCGACAAAGACGCUCGGGUGUUUGUGGUGACUCCACACAUCGACGUCGAUCGACUCACUGACUUGUGCAUGCUUUUCUUGACUCACAAACUGGAAGCCUCUCUUGACACUCUCUGUGUCCCCCUCACUCACAUGAGGGGCCGGUUCGCGGAAGUGAGAAGCAAAGCUAUCAAACGUUUCCCAGCGAGAGACCAAGUGUACAUUGAGUACAAGAUCUACAACAGUAUUGUCUACCCAGUUAUGGAUUUCACCACAAGUUUUAUAGCGAUGGUGAAGGAAGGAAGAGCUCAUAUCUUACAGACCAACACAGCAUUUGACAGAGAAAGUUUCAUCACCACAGCCUCGGCCACCGUCCAGUACAUAGAGAUAGACGAAGGACAGUUCGUGUCUGCCUACCUGGAUCCCAUCCUGCUUUGAUCUCCGCAAGAGCUUUGUCAACUUCCUGCAUUUAGAUACAAGUGUGUCUAGCAUUAAAUGUGUGCCCUAAGAGUUUUUAUUUAGUAUCAUGUAGCAAUAUUUGAAUAGUAUUAGUACUGUUUUUUUCAUGAUUUCUCGAUGAUGCUCGUGUGGUUUUUCAUUCUGAAGAUACAGCCCACCGGCAUUUAUGCGGUGUGGUGGUAAGGCUCUUAGCCAGUACAUGCGAAAGACAUUACUUCUCUUCCCUUGUUGGGAAUUUUUUAGUCCAGGAUUUCUGUCUCUCUUCAGCGAUGCCAUAUCCUGUCCCCGUCGUUU